UCUGGUGCGGCUGAUCACGAGGAGUCAGAACCAGUCGCGACCAGUCUCGGCCAGCCUUACACCCCGGCACCAUGCUCCGUCUCUUCACCGCGGCGGCGGCAGCCACCGGGAGCCGCACCAUGACCAUUUCCCCUUGUUCCAGGCUCGCUCCGAGCGCAGUAAGGCGGGAACAAAUCGAAACGGUUCGACGGAUGAACGACUACUUCCCGGAGGUGGUCGCGCAGAUGAAACGGCUGGGCGACGCGUGCCAGCUGGUGGGCGAGACGACUUGGCUGGAGAAGAUGCUGUACUACACAGUGCCUGGAGGCAAGAUGACACGCGCCAUCAUCGCGUACAACGGCAUCGUGCUCCUGGGCGGCAAGGACACGCCCGGCAUCAAGGAGAAAGCCAUGAACAUAGCCUGGAGCCUGGAAAUGCUGCAAGCGGCCAUCAUCGCUGCGGACGACAUCUCAGACGCCACCAACACGAGGCGAGGGAGGGACGCCUGGCACACGAUCGCUGGCAGAGACGCCGUCUUCGACGUGAUGCUCGUCGAGAACUGCGCCUACUGCUUGCUCGGGCUGCACUGCGAAGGAGAGCCAUACGUGCGCACACUGAGGCAUUACACCGAGAUUAUGUUUCAGAUCAGCAUGGGUCAGAAUCAAGACAAUCACUGCAGAGACUCAGAGGGCCUGGCUAAGACCAACGAAUUCACUAUGGAGAAGUACGUACCGAUCUGCCAGCACAAGAGCGGAGGAUACUCGUUUUACUUGCCAAUGGCCACGGCACUGAAUGUGAGUGGCAUUUUUGACAAGGCUGCGCACGACGCUGCGCUGGAUUUAAGCAAGGAUCUCGGUCUUCUGUACCAAGUUCAGGAUGACUAUUUGGACAUAUAUGGAGUUCUCAAGAAGAUGGGCAAGGUAAGAAGCGACAUUAGAAAUGGAAAAUGCACGUGGUUGAUUAUCGAAGCGCUGAACCGCGCGAACGACGAGCAGCGGCGGAGGCUGAAGGAAAAUUACGGUUACGAUGAUGAGAAGAAGAUCGCCAACGUAAUGGAAGUGUUUGCAGAAAUGAAAAUGAAGGAAGUCUUCCUUCGUUGGGAGAAAUCAAUGAUGGACGCGAUUGAGAAGAAAAUCCACAAAUAUUCAGACGUGGUCAGACCAGAACUCUUCAUUCAUGCCCUUGAAGCUAUUAAGUACCACGUAAACAGAUAAAAAUAAAAGUCUGAGCAAGCAAAAAUA